CCCUCCCACGCACGGGCUGGCCAACCGAACCACGCCUCUGCCUCUACCCGGAGCGGGUCGCCACCAAGAAGCUAACCACCAACGCCAACCAUCUAUUCUCCACCGCCGCGGGCACCUGCCGAAUUCACUCCGCCCUCGCCUGUCCGCCUGCCUCCAGGAUCCGGGAGCAAUUGCGUGAGGCGACGCUGACGACAUGGUGGCGAGCGUCGCGGCCGCGGGGGCAGCCGCCGCGGCGGCGGCGGCGGGGCCGCGGCGCGGGGGCAGGAGGGAGCCGGCGACCAUGCACGCCGGCAUCCGCCGCUCGCGCUCCGAGCCGCACCUCCGCUGCUCCCGCCGCGGGGGCGCCGCGGGGGCCUCGCUCACCACCAGCCGCUCCAUCGGCGUCUUCCCGUUCCAGUUCGGCGCCGCGCCGCUGCGCCCGCCGCCGCUGCCCGACGGCGGCGGCGACGGGUCCCGCCUCCUCACCGUGGCCGACGACCCGCAGCCGCCCGAGCCCGAGGCCGAGGCCGAGCCGGAAAUGCCGGCCGCCCGGCGGCCCGAGGCGCACUGGCUCGAGCGCCUCCUCGAGCUGCGGUCGCGCUUCCACGACCCGGCCAAGCGCGACGUCCUCGGGGACGAGGACUUCGACGACGACGACGUGUACCACCACGACGGCGACCACGACGGCGGCUGCGGCGUGAGCUACGACGACGACGAGGAGGAGGAGGCGGAGGACGCCAGGUGGGACCAGCACUCCUUCGGCAAGCUGCUGGCGCGGGCCCCGCUAGGCGAGGCGCGGCUGUUCGCGCAGCUGGCCUUCCUAUGCAACAUGGCUUACGUCAUCCCCGAGAUCAAGGUCGAGGAGCUGAAGAAACACUACGGAUUGCGGUUCGUGACGUCGUCGCUGGAGAAGAAGGCCGAGGCCGGCAUCAUAAGCGCCAAGCUGGACGCGGACUCCACCCGGCCGCGCACCGCGCCGGCGUACGAGGUGGCCUCCGGCCCGCAGCCGCGCCGGCCCAUCCGGUCCCACCUGGCCUACGAGGUGGCGGCGUCGGCCGCGUCCUACGUCCGCGCGCGCGCGCGGGGCCUGCUCUCGUUCGGCGCGCCGCCGCAGCAUCAGCAGGCGGCGGGGCAGAGCAGGCUGUACAACUCGGGCGUCGCCGCGUACAUGGCGGCGUCGACGGUGACGGCGGUGGUGGCCGCGGAGGACGAGGCGCGGCAGGAGGCGGCCCGCGACCUGCGGUCGCCGCUGUCGUCGCCGUGCGAGUGGUUCGCGUGCGACGAGGCGGACGCGCGCACCCGGUGCUUCGUCAUCCAGGGCUCCGACUCGCUGGCGUCGUGGCAGGCCAACCUCCUGUUCGAGCCCACUGAGUUCGAGGGCACGGGGGUGCUGGUGCACCGCGGCAUCUACGAGGCGGCCAAGGGCAUCCUCGAGCAGGUGAUGCCGGAGAUCGAGGCGCACCUGGCGGCGCACGGGGGCGGCGGGCGGCGCGCGCGGCUGCGGCUCACGGGCCACUCCCUUGGCGGCAGCCUCGCGGUGCUGGUCAGCCUGAUGCUGCUGGCGCGCGGGGUGGUGGCGCCCGAGGCGCUCCACCCCGUGGUCACGUUCGGGGCGCCAUCCGUGUUCUGCGGCGGGCACCGCGUGCUAGAGGCGCUGGGCGUCGGCGAGGCGCACGUCCGGUCCGUGGCUAUGCACCGGGACAUCGUGCCCAGGGCCUUCUCGUGCCGCUACCCGGGCCACGCCAUCGCGCUGCUCAAGCGCCUCAACGGCGUGCUCCGCACCCACCCGUGCCUCAACACCCACCGGGCGCUCUACACGCCCAUGGGCGCCACCUACAUCCUGCAGCCAGACAGCAGCGCGUCGCCGCGGCACCCGUUCCUCCCGGAGGGCGCGGCGCUGUUCCGGCUGGACCCGGACGACGCCGCGCCGAGGGCCCUGGUGGCCAGCGCGCUGCGCGCCUUCCUCAACUCGCCGCACCCGCUCGAGACGCUGAGCGACCUGUCGGCCUACGGCGCCGAGGGCGCCAUCCUCCGGGACCACGAGUCCAGCAACUACUUCAGGGCGCUCAGCGCGCUGGCCAGGGCGCCGCCGCGCCGCCGGAAGCAGCCGGAGAUCGUCUGGCAGCUGCCGGGCGUCGAGCGGCUGCAGCAGUACUGGUGGCCGGGGAUCGCCGGCACCGUCAUCCCGGCGCCGGUGGCCAUCAGCAACAAGGAGCUGGUCUCCGAGGCGUAGGAGACUCGAAGCUGGUCUGCAACAUUGCAAUUGCAUUCCUUCGGCUUUGCUCGCUUGACGGCUUGAGCAGUGUACAUUCUUUGGUUCUUUCGUUUCUUCUGCACGAGGUACAUAGAGGGGUACAGCUUUUUCUCUUCAGCGUUGUAGGUUCGCGUGCAAAUUGUAAGCAUUGUAUAGGAGCAUCUGGUUUGCUGUCCUGGUGGCCGGCAAAGAUCCGCAGGCUGCUGAAUAAGACGACGAUGGGUUUUGUCAUGGGUUCAUGUGAGGGAAUGCAUGAAUUCCACCUGUAAACUUCUUUGUUUUAAUGGAAAUGAAACCUUGGAAUACUA